ACGGCGGAAGAACUACAUCUCAUGCCACGUCUCAACCUCGUGAUCGAAUGUCACAGCCGCCUCCAGAGCAAACUACACAUCGCAUCGACGUCGGGCGUAAUCCCCUCGUACUUCCUCGCGAAGAAACCGCCGAAAGUCAGUCUGCACAUUCACGACGGUCGCCUCCUCAGGCACGACAUCAAAUUCCCUCUACUCCAGCGCCAGCUGAUCUUCGUGAACACAUUGAGAGAAAUCGAGCUCGCCAAGAAACUUCUGAACUCGAAACAUUGCGACGAAGGAUCGCCGAGUUGGAAAGUCGGCAAAGGAUGCCUGAAGACCCUCCUCGGCGGACUUCGACUUCGGCACAAGUAUAUCUAGAAGCCGACUCCCCCCUCACACCGAAGCUCAUCUCGGAACCUGUGCCUGGGAAAGUCAAAGUACCUCAGAUCGGAUUAUACGACGGAACCUCGGAUCCUGACUCGCACCUCGGUCAUUACACAUCUUGGAUGGACUUACAUGGGGCCUCGGACGCACUUCGGUGUCGAAUGUUUUCCCUUACGCUGGGACCUCGGGCUCAAAAAUGGUACCAUUCUCUUCCUCCUCAUUCCAUAUGGAAAUGGCAACAGCUGAGGUCGGCCUUCCGAUCCCACUUCAUCGGGGCCCAAGUAUAUUUAAUUCCAAAAGAAUCCCUUGCAAAUGUAACCCAAAAAGAAGAUGAAAGUGUCAAGGAUUACAUCGCCCGAUUUAAUGACCGAGUUCAAAAUAUAGAGCCUUGUCAUCCUGAAACCUUGCUUGUCAUGGCUAUUGCCGGGCUGAAACCGAAUUCGAUUUUCCGCUGGACAUUGUGUCAAAAUAAACCAAACACCUUUCAGGAAUUUCUUGCUCGAGCUCAGCAACACAUCAUAGUUGAGGAAGCCAUGUCGGUUUCUGACUUUAAUUUUAAUCCGAAGUCAUCUAAGGCGGGAACUGACGAGAAAAAGAAAAACAAAUUUUUUGAAAAACAAAGCAAGACUCAGUUCAGAGGACCUCCCCGUGGAGAUCCCAACGAUCCUAAAGUCAGAGCAGCCCGAAAACAGUAUGCUACCGAUGUGAAAUCCGGUUAUCAAACCGUAUAUUCCGCAGGGGCUGCCACCAUAUAUGAAGAAAUCAAAGGGAAAGGUAUCUUACCAGAUCCCAAGCCACUUCGGAUGUCCAAAGAGAAAUUAGACAUGUCCCGGUAUUGUGAUUAUCAUAAAUCGCCAGGGCACAAUACUGAUGAGUGUUUAAGUUUGUUAGCUGCCUUGUUACGUUUGAUUGGUCAUCCGCAGCUUAGAAAGUUCUAUCGCAAUACCGAUCCGCAGAGACGAGGUCCAGGGCGCCAAAUUGAAUCAUAUGAUGAAGACGACGAGGAGGACCGAGGCGCUAUGCCAAAACGCAUCCGACAAGGAGACAAGGAAGUAUUUAUGUUCACCUCGGAAACACCCAAUUAUGACUUUGCUGGAACUCCCCGAGGACGUAAGCGAGACCGAUCUCCUGGACCGAUGCAAAUCACCAUCCACCGUGUCAACACCAAUAACUCCCGGAGUACAUUGUCCCGUCGACAAAUCAAAGCCUAUGCCCGACAAGCGUACAACUCCGGCAAACAAGUAUACACUACCGAUUUGAGAGACAUCCUCAACAAUCGGAACUGUCCCAUAACCUUUAAUAUGGAGGACGCCAAUCAUUUCUCACACCCUCAUUCCGAUGCGCUUGUUAUCAUUGUCCCUAUAUACGGAAUUCCCGUACAUCGU